UGGACGUUGAGGUCGAAGCGAAGCACAGACCUGCUGAGGACAGAGGAGAGCUGCACACGGAUAAAGCUCGUGAAUGUUCAGUGUGGACUCCUCUAUGGAUCACUGUGAGGACACUGGGGAGGAAGUCCCUCUCCCAAAAACCAGACACACCAAAGUUCAGAGCCCAGAGCAGCUGAGACCAGACUCACCUGAACCUGAACCUGAACCUGAACCUGAACCUGAACCUGAACCUGAACCUGAACCUGAACCUGAACCCAGCUGUGUGUCUAUGAUGAGCAACCGGUCCAAGGAUCCUCCUUUAUUCUUCAAAGACAGACCGCACUCUGUAGGUCAAAGAGUGGAUCAGGAGUGCUCAGAGGAUCCCAGUGGUCACUCUGCCCAGCCACAUCAGACACACCUGGACUCCAUAUUUGUGGUGCUGGAAGAGAACAUUGUUACUUUUGUGAAGAACGAGCUGAAGAUGUUCCAGAAAGGUCUGUGUCCAGAUUACCCAGAGAGUUUCGGGAAUCAGACGGAGGAUAAGGAGGUGCUGGACAGUGAUGAUGAAGAGCUGAGGAGAGGCAGCAGAGAGGCAUUUCUGAAGAUCACACUGAACUUCCUGAGGAAAUUAAAGCAGGACGAGCUGGCUGACCGUCUGGAGCGACGAACUGUUGCUCCACUGUGCAGACAUAAAUUCAAGUCUAGCCUGCAGAAGAAGUUCCAGUGUGUGUUUGAGGGGAUCACUAAAGCAGGAAACCCGACUCUCCUGAAUCAGAUCUACACAGAGCUCUACAUCACAGAGGGAGGGACUGCAGAGGUCAAUGAUCAACAUGAGGUCAGACAGAUAGAAAAAGCAUCCAGGAAACCAGACAGACCAGAAACAACCAUCAGACAAGAAGACGUCUUUAAAGGCUCACCUGGACGAGACGAACCGAUCAGAACAGUGAUGACAAAGGGAGUGGCUGGCAUCGGGAAAACGGUGCUAACACAGAAGUUCACUCUGGACUGGGCUGAAGACAAAGCCAACCGGGACAUCCAGUUCACAUUUCCAUUCACGUUCAGAGAGCUGAAUGUGCUGAAAGAGAAAAAGUACAGCUUGGUGGAGCUUGUUCAUCACUUCUUUACUGAAACCAAAGAAGCAGGAAUCUGCAGGUUUGAAGACUUCCAGGUCGUCUUCAUCUUUGACGGUCUGGAUGAGUGUCGACUUCCUCUGGACUUCCACAACAACGAGAUCCUGACCGACGUCUCAGAGUCCACCUCAGUGGAUGUGCUGCUGACAAACCUCAUCAGGGGGAAACUGCUUCCCUCCGCUCGCCUCUGGAUAACCACACGACCUGCAGCAGCCAAUCAGAUCCCUCCUGAGUGUGUUGACAUGGUGACAGAGGUCAGAGGGUUCACCGACCCACAGAAGGAGGAGUACUUCAUGAGGAGGUUCAGAGAGGAGGAGCAGUUCAGCAGGAUCAUCUCCCACAUCAAGACUUCCCGAAGCCUCCACAUCAUGUGCCACAUCCCAGUCUUCUGCUGGAUCACUGCUACAGUCCUGGAGGACAUGUUGGAGACCAGAGAGGGAGGACAGCUGCCCAAGACCCUGACUGAGAUGUACAUCCACUUCCUGGUGGUUCAGACCAAACUGAAGAACGUCAAGUAUGACAGAAGAGCUGAGACAGAUCCACACUGGAGUCCAGAGAGCAGAAAGAUGAUGGAGUCUCUGGGAAAACUGGCUUUUGAGCAGCUGCAGAAAGGAAACCUGAUCUUCUAUGAGUCCGACCUGACAGAGUGUGGCAUCGAUAUCAGAGCAGCCUCAGUGUACUCAGGAGUGUUCACACAGGUCUUUAAAGAGGAGAGAGGACUGUACCAGGACAAGGUCUUCUGCUUCAUCCAUCUGAGUGUUCAGGAGUUUCUGGCUGCUCUUCAUGUCCAUCUGACCUUCAUCAACUCUGGAGUCAAUCUGAUGGAAGAACAACAAACAAAGUCCCGACUAUCUGAAGUAUUAAGAGGCAAAACAAAAUGUUUUUACCAGAGUGCUGUGGACAAGACCUUACAGAGUCCAAAUGGACACCUGGACUUGUUCCUCCGCUUCCUGCUGGGUCUUUCUCUUAAAACCAAUCAGAAACACCUACAAGGUCUGCUGACACAGACAGGAAGCAGCGUACAGACGAAUCAGAAAACAGUCGAGUACAUCAAGGAGAAAAUCAAUGAGAAUCUGUCUCCAGAGAAAUGCAUCAAUCUGUUCCACUGUCUGAAUGAACUGAAUGAUCGUUCUCUGGUAGAGGACAUCCGACAGUACCUGAAAUCAGGACAGCUUUACAAAGAUAAACUGUCUUCUGCUCAGUGGUCAGCUCUGGUCUUCAUCUUACUGUCAACAGAAACAGAUCUGGACGUGUUUGACCUGAAGAAAUACUUUGCUUCAGAGGAGGCUCUUCUGAGGCUGCUGCCAGUGGUCAAAGCCUCCAACAAAGCUCUGCUGAGUGGCUGUAAGCUCUCAGAGAGAAGCUGUGAAGCUCUGUCUUCGGUUCUCAGCUCCCAGUCCUCUAGUCUGAGACACCUGGACCUGAGUAACAACGACCUGCAGGACUCAGGAGUGAAACUGCUAUGUGAUGGACUGCAGAGUCCAAACUGCAGUCUGGAAACUCUCAAUCUCGCAGGCUGUCAGGUCUCAGAGAGAGGCUGUUCGUCUCUGGCCUCAGCUCUGAGCUCCAACCCGUCCCAUCUGAGAGAGCUGGACCUGCGCUACAAUUAUCCAGGAGUCUUAGGAGACAGACUGCUGUCUGCUGGACUGAAGGAUCCACUCUGGAGACUGGACACUCUGAGGUUGGACCAUGGUGGACCGCACAGACUGAUACCUGGUGUGAAGAAGUACGUCUGUGAACUGGAACUGGACACAAACACAAUGAACAGAAACCUCAAACUGUCCAACAACAACAGGAAGGUGACUCGUGUGAAAGAGGAUCAGCCAUAUCCUGAUCAUCUAGACAGAUUUGACUACUGGCCUCAGCUGCUGUGUAGAACUGGUCUGACUGGUCGCUGUUACUGGGAGGUGAAGUGGCGAGAAAGAGUUGAAAUAUCAGUGAGUUACAGACGAAUCAGGAGAGGACGCACUAAAGACUGCUGGUUUGGAUGGAAUGAUCAGUCCUGGAGUCUGUGGUGUUGUGAUGAUGAUGGUUACUCUGUCUGGCACGACAAACAAAAAACAUGCCUCUCGUCCUCUGUCUCUCACAGAGUAGCAGUGUAUGUGGACUAUCCUGCUGGCUCUCUGUCCUUCUUCAAAGUCUCCUCUGGCAAACUGAUCCACCUCCACACCUUCAACACCACGUUCACUGAACCUCUUUAUCCUGGGUUUAUGGUUUGCUUACCUGGUUCCUCAGUGUCUCUGUGUCCUCUGCAGGUCUGAGAGUGUCUCCUGUGGACAGAGACACUGCUGACUGAAGCUCAAAGGUCACUCUGUUCACCAUCACACACUCUGAUUUCAUCUCUUUGAUUGUCAACAGUUUAACGCUUUAACUAGAGAAACUAAAUGGCAAAGUGUGCAUCCACUGAAAAAGAAUCAACUAUUUUGAGUAAUUUCUUCUAUAUUUUUAAAUUUUAUUGUUAAACAACCUCUAGUACAUCUUUACUUUUUAUCUUGUGAGCCAGCUUCAGUUCAUUUAAUCACUUUAAAGAAGCACUUUGCAAUAUUUAGAAAGAUUAAGUGAUAUCUAGCUGGGAGAACUGCAGAUUUCAGUCUGCUGAAACCUCUCCUGAUUAGAAUUCCUUAAGUGUUAAUUGUUACCAGGAGCUGAAUUAUCCACAGAGGUCUCUUCCUCUCCAAAACAACCAGGCCAGUUUGAUUAAAACCAAUAAAAACACUCAAUAAAGCUGUUUCAUGUUACAAAUCAGAGUUUCCUCUAUGAUGUUUGGCAUGUCGGAGACGGGCGGCUCACCCACCACAUGCUGAUGUGUCCAGGAGGUUUUUACCGGGAGCUAAAUUCCAGAUUCGUGUAAAAAAAAAAAAUCAGAUUUUCCAAUGCUCUUGAU